GUUGUGACGCGGUCGGGCGAGGACGCGAACUGCAUCUCUCUCUCUCGCUCCGUCAUCCGCUCGCGAGAGAGUUAGCGAUUCGCGCGGGACAUUCCCUUCCAUCGCCGUGCCGUGUAAACAUGACAGGAAGCCCGAGCAGGUAGCGUGACCAGGACACUCAGGGGCUAGGCGUUGGCCUUUCAAGACGCUCUCGACAGGUUGAACCGCCUCAACUGUCUCGUUGACGCGUCGUCACGCUGAACGCGAAGAAAUUGUUACUGAUACUGAAAAAAAAUCUACAAAGUGAAGUAUUGAAUAAAAAGACUUGGAAAAAUAUAAUUGUGAUGGUGUCAAGAAUAGAACACUAAUAAUAAAAGAAAACACUUGAAUCACCAUGCGCAUGCGGAGUCGUAGCGUGGCGGUGCCCUCUGCUGCUCACAAUAACAAUAACCACCACAACCUUAACAACAACAACAACAGUCACGUCAGCAGCGCGGCCACCACCGGCGCCUCUCGGAGUGUGCUCAACAUCCCCGGUGAGCUGAAGCUGCACUACUCCGAGGUGGUGAGCGUGGCCGAAAAGCUCUCCCGGCUCUUCUCGCGCACGCACACCUACCAUGUGCACCGCAGACACAAGACGCUGCGGCAGGAGCCAUCGAACUCGUGGGUGACCGUGCACAACCUGAAGCAGCUGGACGGAGGCAUCCUCGACCCGGACGACCGCCUCAACGACGUGGCCGACGACCGGGAGCAGAUCAUAGCCAUCUACGAUGAGCAGACGCACCACCACCACCACCACGGCGGAGACGGCACCUCGGCGUCCUCGGACUCGGAAAACCCUUCGCCAGAUAUUUUCCAAGGCGUGGAGCACAAGUUCGCGCCCUUCACACGCAACGACAUCGAGAUCACCGGCGAGGAGCUGAGCGCCACGCCGCCGCCGCUGCACGUGCGGCGCGGGAGCGAGCCAGCGCUCAACCGCCUCUCGCCCAUCCCGCCCGCGGCCGCCGCCCCGCCCGAUCCGACCAAGAGGUGGUCGGCCGCGCCCAUCAUCGAGGACCAGAAUGCGCCGCCCAGCUCCACGCCCAUGAAAAUGGUGAUUCCCCACCUCUAUGUCCAGGACGGCCACAGCUCCUACGAAGACGACAACGUGUUCGUGGACCCGGGGGAGAGGGGGGAGGGCUCGGGGGAGGAGAAGACGCCCUCCUCCUCCUCCUCCUCCUCCCACCACUCCGCCACCACCGCCUUCACCAGAUUCUCUAGAGACACCAAUAGAUGUUCUGUUCAGGUCCUGUCCGACAACCCGGCGAUGGCGCGGUGGGCGGACGCGGCGGACCGAGUGGUGGGCGCGAGCGAGGGCAGGCGGCGGGAGCCCCUGGGAGGGUCAGCCUCGUCCCCCAUGCACUCCAGGGACCCCUCGCAUGACGAGGCCGCCAACAGCAUCCUCGUGGUCCUGAGCAACGACCGGGGCCCGCUGGGCAUCCACGUGAUCCCGAGCACGGACGUCACGGGGCACGACCAGGGGCUGCUGGUCGAGGGCGUGGAGCCGGGCGGACGGAUCGCCCGCGACGGCAGGAUCGAGGUCCACGACAGGAUCAUCGAGAUCAACGGGAAGCCGCUCAAUAAUAUUACUUUCCAAAAGGCUCAAGAAAUUUUCAAAGACGCCAUGUUAACGCCAGAACUACGACUGCGUGUUGUCAAAGGCCAGAGGCAGGAGUGGUACGCGGGGCAGGCCGCGGAAUUGGUCGAAGGAGAGGAAAAACUCGUCGGAGGUGCCAAGGUCGCUAGCGUCAUGUCCACGAGGAAGGUUCCUCCGGCGUCGCUCUCCUCGCGAACGCAGACCGUGAUCCUGCAGAGCAACACGCGCAAAAUCGGACGCAGACUGAACGUGCACCUCACCAAGGGCCAGCACGGCCUCGGCUUCUCGAUAACCACAAGAGACAACCCCGCCGGGGGAGAGGCUCCCAUUUACAUAAAAAAUAUAUUGCCAAAGGGAGCGGCCAUCGAGGACGGGAACCUUCGAAUCGGCGACCGUCUGCUGGAGGUGAACGGCGUGGAGGUGACGGGGCGCAGUCAGUCGGAGGUCGCCGCCCUCCUGCGGGAGAUCCCCAUCGGAGGGGCGGCUACGCUGGCGGUCUCUCGGCAGGACCAGCGCAACGGCGAUGCGGCUUCGGGGACGGCCGACUCAACGCCGGAGACCGAAAAGCCUGCGAGUCCGAAGCUGCCGAGACAGUUGGUCUCCUACCACCACCAAGACAGUCUCCCCUUCCUCCGCCAGCCGGCGGAGAAAGCAGCGGAGGACAGCCUCAUGUUCCCGUGGAAACAAAGAGAAAUCCUCAUGUUCGAAAUCCCAGUGCAUGACUCCGAAAGAGCUGGACUGGGAGUGAGCGUGAAGGGCAAGACGAGCUCGGGCCCGAACGGCUCGGUCGAUCUGGGAAUCUUCGUGAAGAACGUGAUCCACGGCGGGGCCGCCUCGCGCGACGGCCGCCUCUUCCAGAACGACCAGCUCGUCAACAUCAACGGGAUGUCGCUCCUCGGCAAACCCAACAGCGAGGCCAUGAAGACGCUGCGGACAGCGAUGCAUCAGGAGGGUCCAACGCCGGGGAUCAUCUCACUUACGGUGGCCAGGAGGAUCGACCACAAGGAGAGGUCGAGCCCCUCAUCCAACAACAGGUCAGGUCGGGAGAGCGCCAACAGCCUCCUCACCAACUCGUCUGGCACCGAGACCCUGGGAGGUGCCAAGUCAUCGCCCGCAACACCGACCCCCGAUCAUUCUGGUACUACUGAUGCAUCUGAUACGACGGUCAUUUUUAACGACCAUAAGUAUGAAGGAGAUGGCCAUGAAAUAGAUGCCGGUGAUUUUGGCCACAUUAACCCAGUUAUUCAGAGACUCACUGGGAAUAACGGAGCCUUAAGAAAUGAAAGUUAUUAUAAGGCAACACAUGACACGUGGAACACGUCCCAGUUGCAGCAGCUGGUGAUGCGUGGCGAAAGGGAGUCUGUGGCGGUGGGAGGGCCCGGCCACAACCCCCUUGGGUCGCCGACUGUCAACCUGCCAUCCAGAGACACCCUCAUUAUUCAUGACGAUGCCGGUAAUCAUAUGUCAAGAGAAAUUUGUCGCUCUGAUGGUCCUGGGGCCUCCGCGGGAGGCUACAGUGACCACCCAAGUCAGUCCGACGAUGCCUAUACAAGCCAAACCUCCCUAGAAGAAAAUGCAGCAGGAUUUUCUAGGGAUCAAUUUGGACGGCAAAGCAUGUCGGAGAAGCGCCACGCCACCCUAGAUGCCAAGAACACCGACACCUAUCAGCGCAACAAGAAAGCGAGAGAAGAGCGAGAGAAACAAAGACAGAUGAUGCUGGCACAAGAGAAGCUGGCCGCAAGUCAGGGCAUGGGGAUGGGACUUGCUGCUAUGGAGGGUGAAACACGGGAGGAGUUCAAGCCAGGGUCAAGGGAGGUUGGGAUUGACCUGCCCACCCAGGAUCACCCUUCCUUGAAGGCAAAACAGCCAGAACCCUCAAAGAAAUCGAGCCUCAAAACCUCCCAACAAAGUUCGGUUUUAAAGAACCACCAUGCUACCCUUGAGAUCCCAAGACCCAUUCUAAAGCCCUCCCCCAAACUGCGCCAGAAGGCCAACACCCUUGUCAGUGCUAGUCCAAAGGCAAAGUCCAAACAGCAGUAUGCAAGGAAGGGGGGUUCUGAGACGCUCGACAGAACUGUGGGAAGGGGGAGCCUCAAGGGGCAUUGGUCUGGGUACCCAAGAGGCCCCUUCAGUCCGAUCACACGGAGUCUUGAGAGAAAUCAUAGCAAAGGAAACCAGCGGACCACUUUUGGCCAGGACCUUUCUGCCAUGAUCUCAAACUGGGCUGCCCGUAACCGAGAGUUAUUGAGUCGAGACGCAGCUGUGAUGGGGGGGAAGCUGCUGGUCCGGGCCUCGUCGGAUGAAUCUCUCGCCUCUCAAAAUCUCCAGCGCACCAACAGUCACGCACAUGAACAACCCUCCUCCUCCUCCUCUCAGCAUGAGCACUUGCCACCACAGGAUGCCCUUCGGUCACGGCUAGAUGUCGGUCCAGGUCUAGGCAUGAAGAAGUCUUCAAGCCUUGAGUCCUUGCAGACAAUGGUUCAGGAGAUGGCACUCGAAGAAGAGGGCCAUCGCAUGGGCUCUGGCAGAGUGCCAAGGGGCCGUGGGUGCAAUGAGAGCUUCCGGGCUGCUGUUGACAGGUCUUAUGAUGUCCCUCUCACCGGUUUAAGAAAUAAGAUGGAAACUCAAGAUUUUUUCUCACAUGAGGAAUAUUUUGGAUAUUUAGUUGCAGAAGAAGAGUCAGAAUCCAGUGGCUCUGGCUUCGGCAGAGGCAACAGUCGGCAGUCAUCAGUGAAUUCUGCUGUCGAUGAUAAGUAUAAGAAAGUUGGCAAAAAGAAGCCAGGAAUCUUCAAAGGACUUGGUUCCAUGUUCAGAUUUGGAAAACACAGAAAGAGUAUCGACAAUCCCAAUGGCCUCACAAGCAAAGGUGAUGGGGAGGUUGAUCGCUCAGAAGGUCGGACAGAAGUCGACCGUGCAGAGGUUGAGAGGCUGGCAGCUGCAAGACGCCUACAGCAGGAAGAGCACGAUCGCAUGCAGGAGCAGUACAGGCGCAUGAUCGAAAACACUGCUCGCAGCAAUCAGCAGCAACAGCAGCCUCAAAUGAGACCAGAUGAAGGAGAGCCUUCUCGAUCUGAGAGGAUGCAUCAGUUGCGUGCAGAACACCAGCGUCGCCAUGCACAGAGGAACAGAACAUAUCCUACAGAUGACUUAGAAGAACGAUAUGAAAGUGCGAUAAAACAGGGCCAUAGACAGGCAAUAAGCUAUACUGCGCCUCGCUCACACAGGCGUUCUCAGAGCCAAGAUCUCAUUGUCGAGAGACGUGCCUUGAGCCGCACUGAGCGUCUGGACCCCGUCCCAAGUGAGCCCAAGCCAGACAUCCGGCACAUGCGCUCUCACAGCUACGACCUCUAUGGUGACAAUGGUGGCCGGCCCGGGAGUCGCACUGCUUAUGCUGAUCCCCACAAAUAUUCUCAUUAUGUCAAUUAUGAACAGAUACAACAGCAUUUACGCAAAAACAAGGAGCAAGAAAGGCUAAAGAAACUAGCUAGUCAGCAGUACCAAGACUUUCGGGAAAAGCAGACUAGCCGGGAAGCGCGUGAGUACCAGAGCCAAAGAGGGCCUCGUGACUCUGCGAGAGAGCACCAGCACCGCCCCGUCAGCAAUUACUAUGAGUAUGAGAGUGUGCAGGCCAUGAUCUCCCAUGCACAGGACAACAGCAGCACGUCCUUGCCACGAAGACACCACCCUCCUCCUCCUGGACCACCUCCUGUCGCUGCUGCUGCCGUUGCUAAAAAUGCUAGUAAUAACAACACUGGCCACAAUAACAAUUUGUUCCCAGGCGUAUCUCAGCCACACCACAUGAUGAUGUACAAACAGAUCUCUGGCUCCUCAGUCCACAGUACUCAUUCUGCACAUGGAGGGCAGAUGGGCAACUACGGACAGACUAUGUCAAACAUGGGGCACAGAGGGCAUAAUGAGCACACUCGUGACAUGCCCCACCAAGAGGGCCUCUAUGGGUCAAGUUAUCGACCUGCAAGCCACUACACAGGGCCACAUCAUAAACCUCCGCCACCACCACCACAUCACCAUACCACCACACUAACAGUGCCAGGUUCCAAAGUGUGAAUUGUGCUGACGCAGGAAUACAUGAAGGUGCUGUAGGACUUUUGUAUGUGUGUGUAUGUGUGUAAAUAAAUAUUGGCUACUUUCCUAAUCAGAAGUUUAUAAUAAACUGAUUAAUUUAUUGAAAAUCAAAAAUAUAGAUUGUGCAUAAAUAGGAAAGUAAAUUUUAAAAUAUGUAUAUAAUAGUGAAUAUAGUGACAGUGCUGUGAAAACUGGUGUACAAAUAUUUUUUAUUGUAAAAUGUGGGGUGAGCUCCCAUGAACUAUAUAGUGGGGUGUUGUUACUUAAUAUGAAUGCCUGUGUAAACAGUAUACAGAACAGCAUUCCAGAGUGUACAGUGCAUGUCAUCGGAAGGUCAGAAGGUAAACAAUAUCUUCAUUGCUUUAGCGAACCAUUUCUAUAGAACUUCUAAGGGACCAAAUGAGCCUAGGUUCUUGAAUAUUGUCUUUGUACCUGGAUGAUGUGCAACAGUAAGCCUUCAUAUUUAAUUUAUACUUCUUAUUUUUAAAAAUUAUAAAAUGGUUAAUAAUCAAAGGUAAUUUAAUAUAUCUCAUAGAAAUGAUGACCUUAUGAGUUCAAGGUUGCAUCAGUCUAAUGCUGUGAGUCAGUCACAAUUGUUUGGUAAAAGAAAUUUGAGUGAGGCAGCUCCUAUUUAGAGCUAUGCUAUAUUUUAUCAGUAAGUUAGGUUUAAGUUUUUAAUGAAAUUUUUAUUUUUCAAAAGUGCUCCAAAUUUCUUUGGGUGGUGCCUUAAAUGUUACAGUGGAUGAAUUUUAAAUCAUCCAUAAAUUAAUCUGUCUAAAAACCCAGGAACCGACUCAUCGCACGAUUUGCGAAAAUAGGCUAACCUGACACAGUUUCUGUAUGACCUAUGAUAGUGCUUACGUGUAGACAGAAUGAGUUAGAAAGAGAAUUUUAUAGAGUCUGUAUAUUGAACAAUAUAUAUUGGGAUUUGUAAGAGAAAAGAAUCCUCUAAAAACAUUUUUAAUUUUUUAUAGAUGACCUGUUGUGCUUUUUAGAGCUUUGACAUAAAAAAGAAUCCUAUUUGACAAGUGACUCUUCUAGGCUCUAUUUUAUAUUAUAUUCCCACUCCUGAAGAAUUUAAGGUGUGCCAAAGUGACAAAGAGUUACAUUCCUGGGUAGGCUUCUUACCUGUUCCUCUGGUUGUUCUGGCCUCAUUUGGGGUCACUUACGGCUCUGUCAAUGGUGUACAUAUUUUGUAAAACAAUUUUUGUAUAAAGUCAAGUACAGUGCUUAGGUCUGUAAGAUGCAGUUUUUAUACUAUGUAAAUUAAGGCAGCUCUGACCUGCUGUGCUGUGUCGUAUUGUGCUCAAGAUGCAGCUCUUGUCUUUUUUAUGUAUUUGAAAUUCCUCCAAUACUCCAAAGGAAAAUAAAGGACAAUUUAGUA